GCCCUCUACAUAGCGCCUCCUUCCAUCCUCCCAUCACCUGCAGCCCGCCUGACCUAACGCCGUCCAUCCCGUCGUCUCCAUGCUGCUCUAGGAGGAGGAGCCCACGCCCCCGCCGGCGGCCGCAUCUCAGGGAUACUCGGAGGAGGAGGAUGACGACUCCGUCGAGGAAGAGGCUGAUGAGGGACUUCAAGCGGCUGAUGCAGGACCCUCCCGCGGGCAUAAGCGGCGCGCCGCAGGACAACAACAUCAUGCUGUGGAAUGCUGUGAUUUUUGGCCCUGAUGAUAGUCCAUGGGACGGAGGUACGUUUAAGCUGACUCUCCAGUUCAAUGAAGAAUAUCCUAAUAAGCCACCGACAGUUCGGUUUAUUUCUCGGAUGUUUCAUCCUAACAUUUAUGCUGAUGGAAGCAUAUGCUUAGAUAUCCUACAGAAUCAGUGGAGCCCAAUAUAUGAUGUAGCUGCUAUACUUACAUCCAUCCAGUCGCUGCUGUGCGAUCCAAACCCGAAUUCACCUGCAAACUCAGAAGCUGCCCGCAUGUUCAGCGAGAACAAGCGAGAGUACAACCGCAAAGUUCGGGAGAUCGUUGAGCAGAGCUGGACGGCAGACUAAUGGAUCGAGCUCACCAAUGCCCCCUCAUGCGGUUCUGUGCCAAAAUGUUUGUAACUAAAAUGUGGCUGUACUCCGCCGGUAUCGCCUGAAACAGCAACUUGCUAUGUUGCAUGAUUUGGUUGAACCGUUGGAGAUAGCUGUGUCGUGGCUUCUAUACUGUAUGCCUAUAUUGGCUGGAUCUGGAACACAAACAUUUUGUUACAAUCUUGUGUAAGUUGUAAUGCUGUAUCAUAUAAUAUCGCAUUGAUUC